ACCCCAGAUCCCGAGCAUUCUGGAUAACAGGUCCCAUACCUGUAUAUACUGAACUCUGGUUACCAUCAAAAUUAUACAACAUUUUUAUACAUGAAUAUAUACAGUAAUAGGUAUGGAUUUGGACUAGAGGCUUCCUUACCAGUGUGCUUUAACUUUAAUUUGCUAACUCGGUUGUAGAAGCCGCUGGGGAUGAAAUUUCUCUAAUUUGCGUGAAAUCAGUAUCCCUUUCCCAUGCUUUUAAUAGUAUUUUUCUUUGUUACCAUCAAAAGACGCUGUCAUAAAGCUCAGUUCAUGGCAGAGGCAAAUGUUACAAAAUGCAGGCUUGACAUGUGCAUGGCUUCUGGUAAAAGCUUUGAUGGCUCCUGGGAAUAGCCGCCUCUACUUCACCGGAUCAUCUUUACUCAUUAUUAGUUUGAGGAGUGUAUCUGCUCUUUGCAGAGCAUCGAAAUGCUAACGAGUCCUAUAGAGAAGGCUUUGCCCUGCCUAUUCUCUGUGUCUGUGUAACACAAGCCAUAUUGCCAGAGAGGCACAUUCUCUCUCUCUUGUAAAAGCCUUAAAUGGUUUAAUGCCCAUUUUACGGAAUAAUUACAUGAAACGACCAGACCCAGAGAUUUCCUUGGAUUCUAAAGUGGUACCCUCAACAUCACAGAAUAUUUUCCAUGUAGAACAGAAGCAAAAAUACUGAAAUACUCAGAAAUUUAUAGAAAACUAUAAAAGUUCCAUGAAAAUGAAGAAAAUGGGAAGUUCCACGGAUAUUGAUGAAACUGAAGAGACUUGUGCAUCUGUUGAAACUGACGAAUCCCACAGUGAUGACACCAAUCGCAGCACGCAGGAGAACAGAAAGAAGCUAAAGUUUUGCCAGGCAAAGUAUUCAAUCUUUAGCUCACCCAAACCAAAGGGCCGUCGCUUUGGGAAGGCAGAGACAGAUCGUAAUAUCGCUCCUAUGGACUCUGUGUACCAGAUAGAAAGUAAAGUGAUGUCUCCAACAAUUAAGUUUCAACGCAAUCUGGAAAAGGGAAAAUUAUGUAAUCAGCUGGUCAGGCAAAGUUCAUCUUUGGAAUCCACAACGAGCUGCAAGGACAGAACGUUUAAACUGUACGACCAGAGAAGGAUUUUUGAUGCAGCUGCCUAUGGUGACUGUGAUGAACUGGAUGAUCUCCUGGUUUAUCUGCUUAGGACGCAUAAAAAGCUCACCAAUGAAGAGUUUAAAGAGAAAGAGACGGGGAAAACCUGCCUGCUGAAAGCCAUGCUCAAUUUGGAAAACGGGAUGAACAGCACAAUCCCAUUGUUUCUGGAAAUUGCAGAAAAAACAGAUAAUAUAAAAGAAUUCAUAAAUUCAGCUUAUAGAGACAACUACUACAGGGGUCAGACAGCCCUGCAUAUUGCCAUUGAAAGAAGGAAUAUGGAUCUGGUUGAGCUUUUAUUGCAGCAUGGAGCUGACGUCCAUGCCAGGGCGGAUGGGGAAUUCUUCAGAAAAGCCAAAGGAAAAGCCGGUUUCUAUUUCGGGGAGCUGCCUCUGUCCCUGGCAGCAUGCACCAAUCAGACAGCUAUGGUCCAGUACCUCUUACAGAACCAGUACUCUCCAGCCAAUAUGGCAGCCAAAGACACAUUUGGAAACACAGUACUGCACGCCCUGGUAGACAUUGCCGACAACACUCAGGAGAACACGACUUUUGUGACCAAAAUGUACAAUGAGAUACUGGUGUUGGGGGCUCAGAUAAGGCCUUCAUUGAAGCUGGAGGAAAUUAUGAAUAAAAAGGGCCUCACCCCUUUGUCCUUGGCAGCAAAAACAGGCAAGAUUGGGGUUUUUGCCUAUAUUCUGAGGAGAGAAAUUAAGAAUUUCGAGUGCAGACAUCUUUCUCGGAAAUUCACAGAAUGGGCAUACGGGCCGGUGCAUUCCUCCCUCUAUGAUUUAUCAGGAGUAGAUACCUAUGAGAAGAACUCUGUGCUUGAAAUCAUUGCCUACAGCAGUGAGACGCCGAAUCGCCACGAGAUGCUGUUGGUGGAGCCUCUUAACAAACUGUUACAAGACAAAUGGGACCGAUUUGUUAAGCGAAUAUUUUACUUUAACUUCUUGGCUUACAUUACAUACGUUAUCAUCUUUACCGUAGCUGCCUACUACAGACCUGUUGAUGGAAGUCCUCCAUUCCCAGUACAGCCUAACAGCUAUCUCCGCACCUGUGGCGAGCUAAUCACCGUUAUUGGAGGAAUCUAUUUCUUUUUCAGAGGUAUCCAGUAUUUUACACAGAGACGUCCAUCCCUGAAGGCUUUGAUUGCUGACAGCUACUAUGAAUUUCUGUUCUUUGCCCAGUCUAUAUUCCUCCUCUUAUCCACCAUACUAUACUUCUGUGGAAGGAAUGAAUAUGUGGCCUUCUUGGUGAUCUGUUUAGCAAUGAGCUGGGCCAAUGUGCUGUACUACACGAGGGGCUUUCAGCUAAUGGGCAUAUAUUCUGUUAUGAUAGAGAAGUUAAUUCUAAGCGACAUGGUCCGGUUUAUGUUUGUCUACCUUUUGUUCCUUUUUGGAUUUGCAGCAGCUCUGGUGACCCUCAUUGAAGAUGGAGAGGGCAGAACAGACCUCAAUAGUACAUGUGGAAGGCGCUGCUGCAAACCCGAGCCUGCUUCUUACAACAACCUCUACUACACCUGCCAGGAACUCUUUAAGUUUGCCAUUGGAAUGGGAGAUCUGGAAUUUACAGACAACUACAAAUACAAGCCCGUGUUCAUCUUCCUGCUGAUCACAUAUGUCAUUCUAACAUACAUCCUCCUGCUCAAUAUGUUAAUAGCGCUGAUGGGGGAAACAGUAAGCAAGGUCGCUCAGGAAAGUAAAAGUAUCUGGAAGCUUCAGGAACAGGACAUGGAUCAUAUGGCAGUGGUACCACUGAAUACAUCAUGCUUGUGGAGAGCAAUUACCAUACUGGACAUUGAGAAGAGCUUUCUGAACUCCUUCAGAGACACAUUCAGAUCAGGAAAGUCAGUCCUUGUAGGAUUUACUCCUGAUGGCAAAGAGGAUUACAGAUGGUGCUUUAGAGUCGAUGAAGUGAAUUGGAACAAAUGGAACUCAAAUUUAGGAAUAAUCAAGGAGGACCCAGGGAACUGCCAUGGAUUAAAAAGCACCCUCAGUGCUUCAUUCCGACCUAGAGGGAAAAGAUGGAAGUCAUUGGUCCCACACGUAAAAGAAACAAAUGUGAAAAUCGACAAUGAAACAGUACCGGAGGAAAUUCCGUUACAGCAAAAACCUACUUUGGCAGAUCAGACAGUGCCAGAAGAAGAUCAGGAAGUGACAUCCAAGGCAGAGUGAACUUGCCCCAAUCAUCUCUUAUCUGUCACCCCAACUAUGAGAUCUAAACUGUGGCUCCAGCGAUGUUGGUGAACUGAUUUUCCAGUACCUUUAGCUACUUACCAGGAGAGAUGCAUACUUCCUGCCCCACUAAAAUAAUACUGACAUUUUCUUAUUUCAUAUUAUAUAUAUUUACUUCUAGUGCCCUAUCAAAUACACACAUUCCUGAUUCCUUUGCCAUGUGUCAUCACAGCCAUUUCUCUGCUUUAUUAAAACCAGUCACCCGAA